AGGACCCCUUAACUCAAAUCCAUCCGCCAGAUAAUAUUCCUAUUAUUUCCUAAGGGAGGAGACGAGUCGCCUGGAAAAGAGGGGAGCUGAUUUUUUAGGGUUCUUUCUUCGGCUCUGAGGAACUUGGGGCUCGGUGGCAGGGUCUAACUGGGCCGCGGGAGGUGGGGCCGACGGAACUACUUUCAGCAGCGUACGGACACGGCGGCUACGUAGGCAGUGAUGAGUGACGCAACAGACGCCGCAUAAAUUUCAGCCCCGCGGAGCCGCGAGCGUUCAGGAGCGGCUGGUGUUGUGGGGUGUUGGUGUCUUGCUGUCCGGGUGACUCGACGUGAUUGCGUCCAGUGUCUUUGCGUUCCCUAACAGGUCAAAAUGCAGAUCUUUGUGAAGACCCUGACCGGCAAGACCAUCACCCUGGAGGUGGAGCCCAGUGACACCAUCGAAAAUGUGAAGGCCAAGAUCCAAGAUAAAGAGGGCAUCCCCCCUGACCAGCAGAGGCUUAUCUUUGCUGGCAAGCAGCUGGAAGAUGGCCGCACUCUUUCUGAUUACAACAUCCAGAAAGAGUCAACUCUCCACCUGGUUCUCCGUCUCAGGGGUGGCUGUUAAUUCUUCAGUUUUGAAUUCAUAGUGCCCAAUGAUGGCAUUGCUCUGCACUAUAGCCAUUUGCCCCAAUUUAAGUUUAGAAAUUACCAGUUUCAGUAAUAGCUGAAUCACUGGUUUUCUCAAUAGCUGUUCAAAAUGUUAAUAAAAGUUUUGUUGCAUGGUAGCAUA